AGUAAACACACCUUUUUCCUCACUAUACUCUGGUUGGUUCAAUCACCAGGAACUAUACGCCAUUAUGGACCGGAUGGUGGAGAGAUAAAGACUACCCGCUGUUUCCAUGGCAACCAUGCAAGGAUGAAGAAAGGGAGAGAGAGAGACGGGAGCGGCAUCCUCAAGCAGACUCUCAUUCAUUAUAUGAAUUCAAUCGGCAAGAGAGGAGGCCCAUACAGUGGACGGAGGGCGGCGGUUAUGUGGCUUUUUUUGCAAGACGAAAAGUGAAGCAGAGCGCUGAUCACAAUCGGACAACUGAAGAACGACCGAAGUGCUGACUACCGAGUGCUGAUGCACUCAACGCAAAAUCCAGCUGAUUCAGCAUGUAGUUUUGACAUGCUUUUUUACUGAGUUUCAUGGCUGAUAACUGAAGUCAAGGCGCCACCGAUAUUACAACCAUGAAAUCGUCAAGCAACAACCCGGACAAGAAACAGAAAUGGUACGAUGACGUACGAACACAGGGCGAUCAUAACGUCAAGUAUCUAAGUAAGAUCAAAGAUAUGAAAGAACAACUUAACAGAGACGGGCAGUCUAGUACGCCCUCUGUUGGUCGGGGUGGUGAUCAUGGUCGUCAUAGGACACAUCCAGUGACUCGUCCCAGUCUUACCCGUCAUCUCUCUCUUAAUCUACCAGUAUUCGUCACCAAUGCUGACCUGUCAACCGUGCCUCGAGCUGGUAGACUAUCUAUGUACUCUAAGGCCAAUAGGCCAGUACCCGCCAUACAUCCAGUCCAAGGAGUAGGUCUAUUGGAUGAUGCUAAUACGAGGAAAGGGACAAAGCGUACUGAAUAUUACUCUAAGAGGCACAACUCACUUACGUCAAUUGAUAAAAUUUCGCCAGAUAUAGACAAAGGCCCUCAACCACCCACGCUUAAACGCUUUGCUCGCUCUAAAAAGCCGACACCGUUAUCUAACCGCGUUACAAAAGCCUCGUCAGAUGAACAUUGCAUGCAUCUGAGGUCGUAUAAUGUGUCAUGCUCACACUCGCAACCUCUUGGUCGACUGCGAUCAAGAUCAACGUGUAGUGAGAACGAUUCUGCUCAAACGAGAACUAUCAAACAGGCUUUUGGUCGAUAUAGCUCCGACAAAACAGAUUAUCGGGGUGCUGCGACCAAAGCAAAGUCAGCUGUCAAAUACAAACCGACCCGUUCAAGUUCUCAAGAUAAAAGUCGCAGGGUAAGUCAAGAAAUAGUUCCUGUCAAACGAUCAAUCAACGUCGAUGUACCUCAUGGAGACUACUUCAACCCGGACGCCUCUGGGUACAAAGCUCCUGUCUGUACUCCUCAUACGCUCGUGUCCGAGAAAUCAGAUUUGGGAUGUCACUACUCCCAAAGCAGUGACAGUGGUGUGUCUGUCAACAGGGGCAGCACCUCUUCUGCAUCCAGUUCUCAAUGCCAAGAUACGGUCGACUCUAACGAUUGGUCCGAGAUUGGUGUGACACUGUCCCAGAUACGUCUGAGUCAUUCACAGUCAGAGCCAUCUAUCAAGGACAUGGCCAACAUCAUGGCGGUGGCGAGUGGCAUCGAUGCCGAUGUCGAAUAUCAACAGAACCGUUCGAUCUCUUCGACGACUGGGUCGUCACAAGGGAGCGAUGAUACGAUACCCGUCGUCCAGAUCAACUCCAAGUCGGAAAGCGAGAACGAGAGGCAGAUGGAUAGUUUGGUGACGAUCAACGCACCUUUCAUUAUGUUUCGUCCUGCCACACCCCGUAUGCCAGAGAGAGAAGAGAAGACGUAUGACCAUGAAGUCGGUCGUGUCCUUGUCAAAGCUGCUACCCAGGCCGAGUUACGACGGAAAGAGAUGCGAAGGCUAGUAGAAGAUAUUGAAGAAUUCAAUUCGGCCAAUAAGAAUCUUUAUCGAAAGGUCAAGCCAAUUAGCGGCUAAUGAGUUUUGAAUCGAGGUAAAGCCCGUUUUCUGUAUCGACGCGACCAAGAAAUUUGUGAUACACUUGUACAUUUCCGUCGAGAUGUCAUGCCGGUCAUGAUUCUGUCACUAGGUCGAAGAUAUCGUCUUUUGUGUACUUUUGCGUUGAUAUCCACCGAUCCAUUCGAUUUGAAUCAUUUUCUGACUGGAUUUCGCACCUACCAAUUACCGUUGUUUACAACUCUGUGUAUUCAAAGAAGAUGAUGUUUCCGAUAUUCCCCACUCGGCCCCAGAUGAGGACCCUUUCCCAUGUACGUGACACGAGAGUACGUGACAUGAAGAUGUUUUAUUGAAAAGCAUUGUCACGAUAUGCACUGUGGUCUAAUAGUGACUAUACUUCGAGGUUGCAAUGUAAUACGAAGAUUCAGGUUGGGAUGUGUGAGGGAAUAGAACAUUAUAUUGACCGAUGUCAUUAUAGAAAUUGUAUCGCAUGCAUAAAUAAUGAGAGAUUAGAGUUCAGAAUUGAAAAAGUUUUUUUUAAUCCGAUGUAUCAAACGUGGAUUCACCAUUAUAUAUGUUUCAUUGAUUAAUUCUUGCUGAAAAUUUUACAUCUUAUUACCAUAUUUUUCGACACCCUGAUAUAUAAAUUGAAAUUGAAUUGAAUAUAUAUUUUUUUCAUAACAAACAAUCUAAGGCGACAAUGACCCACGCGAAGAUUGUAAACAGACAUGUUCUCCAUUUUAAUCGGGGAUGAGUUUUUAUACCACACA